AUGUUAUGUGACAAAGAAGAGGGUGAAGAUGAUAAUAUUGGCACCUCAAAAAAAUCUAAAAGACGAAGAACACCGUCAUUUAUUAUAUACAAGUAUGAAAAUAUUAUCAAUGAAGAAGAUAAUGAGUUAUCAGAAGAGAUGAAUGUUGUUGCUGUUGAUGAUGAAGACGUUGCCGCGGUGGUAUCUGAUCCAUUUGAAUCAUCAUACAAUGAAUAUCUUGAUUCUAAAAAGUCAAAUUCUGUUUUAAUUAUUUCUUCAUCAGUUAUAAUUAGUGAUUCACCUUCUUCUUGCUCGUUAACAGAUUUCAGACCCACUCGACCAAAUUGA